GUCGCUGCUAGUGACGAUGGCUGCGCAGCUGUGCGCCGUGUGCGAGACGGCCGAGGCCAAGUACAAGUGCCCCACGUGCCGCGCGCCGUACUGCAGCCUCGUGUGCUGCAAGAAGCACAAGGAGACGCCGUGCGAGCCGGCGCCGGCGCCCGAGAAGCCCCAGGAGCCGCCGACUGCGACGCCAGCCACUGGCUCAGCCUCUGCAGUGGAAAAACAGGAGGAAGAGGAUGGCACGGAGAAGCUCACGGACGAGCAGAUGAGCGUGCUGAAAACGUCGGCGGGCGUGAAGGAGAUGCUGGCCAACCCAGCCAUCAUGCAGGCGUUGACGCAGAUUGAUAGUACUCAGGACAAGAUGAAGACGCUGGAGAAGGCGCUGCUGGACCCCGCGUUCGCCAAGUUCAUGUACCAAGCAUUGGACGAGGUGGUGCCGGCCAAGUAGACUACCGGUAUGCCGGGUGGAAUAUUAUCAUACAGCAACGCUUUCUGUAC